AUGACUGCCACAACUAAGAAAGUCGUUAUAAUUGGAGGAUCAUUUUCUGCUAUAUUAGCAGUGAAGAUCUUAGUUGGUUCAAAGAAAACUAAUAAUAUCAACUUAGACAUUUCUGUUGUUUCACCAUCCGAUAAGGCAUAUUUUGUCAUUGCCACACCAAGACUUCUCUUUGAAUCUGAGAAGGUGGAUGAUACCUUAUAUGAUUUAGAAACUACCAUUAAGAAGUACGCUAAGGGAACCAAUCAUUCUACAACGUACAUCAAAGCAAGUGCCGUUGAUGUCGACUUAGGCAAACAAGUUGUGUCAUUAAGUUCAGGUAGCAAACUUAACUAUGACAACUUGAUUGUUGCUUCUGGAAAUAGGAGCGAACACCCUGCUUUCAAGUUGGGAAACAAGACAGAUGCCUCUUAUACUAUUGAAUCUGGAAAAGAGUUGGCAAAGUCCAUCAGAUCCGCGAAGUCAAUUGCUGUCAUUGGAGGUGGAUCAACUGGAGUUGAACUUGCUGGAGAAAUUGCUUAUGUCUAUGGUCAGAAGAAGAAUAUUAAGUUAUAUACUGGUUCCAGUCAACCAUUGCCUUCUUUGAGCAAGUCUGUUGGCAACAAGGCUACUAAACAGCUCCAGGACUUGAAUGUCGAAGUAAUCAACAACCGCAGGGCCAAGAAUAUAACCAAAACUUCCAUCGAAUUCAACGACGGAAGUGUAGAAAAAUUCGACUUGGUGAUACCCGCCUUCAAGUACACUCCAAAUUCUGAAUUUUUGCCUAAAGACGUUCUUGACAAAAACGGUUAUGUUGUCACUGACAAGUACUUCAGACUUGAAAAUUAUCACAAUGUAAUUGCUGUUGGUGAUGUCAUUUCGAUGGGUGUCAAGAGUCUAGUUGAUCUUAUGUACUUCCAGAAGGCAGGUCUCGAGAAUGUGAUCAACUACGAAGUGUUUGAGAAUAGUUCUACCAAACUAAAGGAAUACAAGCAACCAGGCAUAAUGCUUGUUGUUCCUAUCAGUAAGAAAGGUGGUGUCGGUUCGGUUUAUGGAUGGUCAUUACCUAAUUUUGCUGUUUCCUUUCUUAAAUCCAAAGACUAUAUGAUUUCUAAAUCUGCAGACAGCUUGUCCUAG